CUGGUGGAAGAACAAGAAGAGACUGAGCUGUGAUUGAACCAGGAGAUUUUGGACAGUGUCUGAGGAUGGGUGAGGAAGGCCCUCCCAGUUUGGAGUAUAUCCAGGCCAAGGACUUGUUCCCCCCGAAAGAGCUUGUAAAGGAGGAAGAGUCAUUGCAGGUCCCAUUCACUGUGUUGCAGGGUGAGGGAGUGGAGUAUCUUGGCCAUGCAAAUGAUGCUGUGAUCGCCAUCUCCAACUACCGGCUUCAUAUCAAAUUCAAGGAUUCUGUGAUCAAUGUGCCUUUGAGGAUGAUGGAAAGUGUGGAGUGUCGGGAUAUGUUCCAGCUUCACAUCGUCUGCAAGGACUCCAAAGUGAUCAGGUGCCAUUUUUCCACCUUUAAGCAGUGCCAGGAGUGGCUAAAGAGGCUAACUCGAGCCAUUGCCCGCCCUGCUAAGCCUGAGGACCUCUUUGCAUUUGCCUACCAUGCGUGGUGCUUAGGAGUCUGUGUUGAUGAGGAGGAUCAACAUGCACAUCUCUGCCGUCCAGGAGACCAUGUGAGAUACCGAUUUGAGAUGGAGCUGGUGAGGAUGGGCUUUGACUUGCAGAAUGUCUGGCGCGUCUCUGACAUCAACAACAAUUACAA